AUGGAUCAAGCCAGGGAGUUGCACGAAUCUGGAGCUUCGCUUUUAUGGAAGAUUUCAAACGAGGAGCAAUCUCUUCGCCAAAAAGCCAUUUCUCUUGAAUCUUCUAUUCGCCGUGUUCGUUCUUUAAUCAAUUCGCUUAUAUCUAAAAAGCUUUUGGAUCCUGAGUUCGCUCGCAAGAUAGGACCGCCUUCUGCUUUCUUCUUUUCCGUUAACUUUGCUUAUUUUAAAAUCUUGGAUUUGGGAAGGAUGCUUGCUGGAUUUCCAGUUCAAUUGUACGAGCUAUCUAUCAAAGUAUUUUAUGUAUCUCCCAACUACUUAGCAUACAUCAUUCAUUCAAAAUCUUUUGAGAAAAAAAAGGUGGAUCAUCGAAGACAUGGGAAACGGCCACUCCCACCCGAAACAUCGGCGGAGAAAAGACAAGGACCCGAUGACUUCAGAACAGCUUCUUGGCCUGAAUCAGCUGAUACGUCAGCCAUCGUUACGGCUCUUAGUCAAGUGAUAGGCAGCGAUGAUCAGCAGCUCAUUGGUUUCCCACAAUCAUCGGCGCCCUCCUCAGCGCAGCCACACCCUGGCCCUCCUCAACUCGCAGUUCAAGAUCAAGAAAAUACAACGAAGAGACAUUACAGAGGAGUGAGGCAAAGGCCAUGGGGCAAAUGGGCGGCUGAAAUUCGCGACCCAAAGAAAGCAGCCCGAGUCUGGCUCGGCACUUUCGACACAGCUGAGGAUGCAGCCCUUGCAUAUGAUAAAGCUGCUCUCAAGUUCAAAGGUACCAAGGCCAAACUAAAUUUUCCCGAACGAGCUCAAUGGAAUAUGGAAGCGCCGAGUCCCGGAGAUUCAAGUACCAUGCGAUCUGAACAAAACCCUACACCACUAGCCCCACCUUCAUCAUGGUCUCAGGAGUCAUAUCCCCACUUGCUUCAAUAUGCACAACUCCUUUCGAGCAGUAACGAUGCUGACAUCUCCUAUUACACUUCAAACCUCUUCAAUGAGCAGCAACCUUUAUCUCCACAGUUACCUUCGAUGUCUGCAUCAUCACAGCACUACCAGCAAGACCUCACAAGAUUUUCAACCGAGUACCAGAGCUCUGAGUAUCAGGGGCAAUAUGGAAAGGACUUUGAUCCAAGUAACAGAAGCCAGUAAGAAAAUAUUAGUAGCCUUUUUUUUCAAGUUCUAACUCAAGAGAAUUUGAUAAAUCUACUUUACUACAACUAUACAUUUGAUUAGGCCAGGAAAUAGGAUAAUGCCGUAAGCACUCCCAUUUCAUACUUGCAACUCCCACCCUUAUAUGUAUUUUAUAACUUUCCCAUCACAUGAUCCCUAUUGGACAUGGCGAUUAGGGGUUCUUCAUUUUCUACAUUCAAUGGAAAGUUGGAUCAACAAUCGAGCAUGUUAGUUCA